AUGGCAUUAGAUCGAGCUGUUAAAGACAAAAUUUAUUACAAACAAGAUCCUGAACAAGAAAAAGCAGCAAAAGAAUGGAUCGAAGCUGUAACUGGUGAGAAAUUUCCAACAGACGAUUAUGAAGAAGCUCUUCAUGAUGGAAUUCUUUUAUGCAAAUUAAUGAAUAAACUUAAACCUGGUUCUGUACCAAAGAUUCAUACACAAGGAGGCUCAAUUAAAUUACGUGAAAAUAUUGGUCUUUUUCAAAAUGCUGCACGUGAUUAUGGUGUCAAUCCUAGUGACUUAUUUCAAGCUGUUGAUUGUUUCGACAAACAGAAUAUUCAACAAGUAACGUUAUGUGUUUUUGCCUUAAAUCGUGUUGCUCAAAAGAAUAAUUUUAAUGGACCCAAAUUAAACUAUCAAACCAAAUUACCUGUCUAUGAUUAA